AUGACGCAACACAGAGUCGCCCAAGACUGCACAGAUGUCGGUCCAGAAUGUUCUGUCGAGGAUACCAUUUAUGGCUACAGGCCAAAUCUCGGUGUCAGUGCAUUUUUCGUGGGCAUCUUCGCACUUGUCGCAAUCGCCCAACUCGGCCUUGGCUUCAAAAAGCGAACAUAUUUCUACAGUAUCGCCAUUGCAAUGGGCUGCAUCGGUGAAGCAAUCGGGUACGGAGGAAGAAUAAUGAUGCACCCAAACCCAUACGACGAUACAGGAUUCACGAUGCAAAUCUCCUGCUUGAUCUUCGCGCCUGCUUUCGUGGCCGCGGGAAUCUACCUCACUCUCAAGCACCUCGUCCUCGCUUUCGGCCAAGAGCGCUCCCGUAUCCAAGCACGUUGGUACACAUGGAUCUUCAUCACAUGCGACUUCUUCUCAUUGUUGCUUCAAGCCAUUGGUGGUGGCAUGGCUGGUAGUGCAGGCGAUGAUGCCGACCUCCGCGACCUCGGAACCAAUUUGAUGAUUGCUGGUAUCGUCUUGCAAGUCGCUACCCUCAUCGCCUUCGCAUCUCUCGUUAUCGACUACGUCGUACGGACACGCUUUGCAUGGGAGGCGGUCGACCCGGAGGCAAAGGCCCUUCUCGCACAGAAGAAGUUCAAGGGUUUCGUGUCGGCUGUCGUCAUUGCUUUCUUGACCGUGUUCUUCAGAUGUGUAUACAGAAUCGCUGAGAUGGUUGGAGGAUGGGCGAAUCCAAUUAUGCGGGAUGAGAUCUCCUUCAUCAUCAUGGAGGGAGUUAUGAUUCUCGUCGCUGUUCUUGUUCUGACUGUUUUCCAUCCCGGAUACUGCUUCCCGCAAAAGCAAAGCCUCGUGGCGAAAACUGCUUCGCUUGAGGCAGGGAGCGACAGCGAGGUCAUGCGCCAACAAGAGAAGAAUGUUCGUUCGGCCAUGUAG